AUGUAUAUCAAGCAGGUAAGUGUCCGAGCCCGGGGGGGCGCGCUGGCGGCACUGCGGCCUGUUUGUUAUGGUGAAGCCUGGGGCUCGAGUGUGUGAGCUGGCCUGGAACCUCCUCCUCCAGCAACGGCCUGCGCUAUGGACAGGGAGGGGGGAUGGGAGAGCCCCCCAUAGCUACACGGGGAGACAACCUACGGCACCUCAUAUCUUCUGGACUACAUCUCCCAUAAUGCUCCAGUGCUGGCAAUGCAUCACGGGAGAUGUAGUCCGCAAUAUCUGGAGUGCAAAAGGUGACCUAUCCCCCCUGAUCUAUGUCUCCACAGGGUGAGCCCCUCUUCCUUUCACCACCUGUUGGCACAUAAAUAAAUAAUAAAGAACCUCUUGGAUAUUAUGGCAGUAUGGACACAGUGAGUCUGGGGAUGAGAGCUAAAAAUGGAGCAGUCAGCAUCAGGGUUCCAUUGGUUUCCAUGGUGACUGCUGCAUUUUUGGAACUUUGCCCUGGAAUCAUUUUUUUUAAUAUGUAUCCCCCCUUGUAUGAGACUGCUGCACACAUUUUUGUAUAGUAUGCGCGUCAACCUAAGAAUGCUGUACAGCCUUUCGAACAUUGCGUCUGUUUACCCAGGAGUACUUCAAAACCUUUUGGACAGUGUGCAUGCUAUGAAUGGUACACAGCCUUUUGGACAGUGUGCAUGCCACACUAUGAAUGGUGCACAGCCUUUUGGACAGUGUGCAUGCCACGCUAUGAAUGGUGUGCAUGCCACGCUAUGAAUGGUGCACAUGCCACGCUAUGAAUGGUGCACAGCCUUUUGGACAGUGUGCAUGCUAUGAAUGGUACACAGCCUUUUGGACAGUGUGCAUGCCACACUAUGAAUGGUGCACAGCCUUUUGGACAGUGUGCAUGCCACGCUAUGAAUGGUGCACAUGCCACGCUAUGAAUGGUGCACAGCCUUUUGGACAGUGUGCAUGCCACGCUAUGAAUGUUGCACAGCCUUUUGGACAGUGUGCAUGCCAUGCUAUGAAUGGUGCACAGCCUUUUGGACAGUGCGUCUGUCUACCCAGGAUUGAUGCACAAGCUUUAGGACACUGUGCGUCCCAACUCAAGCACUGCUGCACAACAUUUUAUAUAGUGCAUCCGGGAGUGCUCACAACUUUUUGAGCAGUGUUCGUGCCAACUUAUUAUUAUUUAUAUAGUGCCAAUAAAUUCCCGAGUGCUGUACAAUGGGAUAUGAAUGCUACAUAACUUUUGGGACACUGUGUGUUCCAACUCAGCACUGCUGCACAAUUUUUUUGGACAAAACAUACUUGCAAGCCCAAAACGAGUACACAAGAUUUUAAGCACAGCACACCAGAAAGUCUUCGGCGGCUGCAUAACCACUUAAGGUGAGAUUUACCCUACUAGGUUUUUCUUUUGUUAAUGAAAACUUCAGAGUUUGUGAAGAUCCAUCCUUGUUCACACACACUCACUGACCCAUGCAGACAUGCUCACACUGAUACUGACCUUGGUGGGCACAUGUGGCUGCUCCCUGGUUUGAGCAAGGAUAUGGUUUGUUCAAUGCAGCUGAAAGGCAUAUGUGCACAAGUCUACCUUUUAUCCAAUGCUGAACCUGUCUUGUUGUGGCAGCCGCUCUGCCUGCUGUGAGAUGACAAUUCUAAUGAUCUCAGGUCCAAUUCAAAACUAAUCAUAGAGAAGCAUUGACAACCUACCAUACGUGCGUAGCUGUUGUUGUUCUCUGCUAAUCAGGUUCAUGAUCAACCGGUUGAGCGUGAUGAUACAGAACUUGAAGCCCUUCCAUUUUUGUCAGUCUUACAUAUAUUAUUAUUAUUAUUAUUAUUUUAUCAUUUAUAUAGCGCCAGCAAAUUCCGUAGCGCUAUACAAUGGGUGGACUAAUAACAGACACGUGUAUUCUCUCACAAAUGUAAACAUUGCAAUUUCUCAGAACCCUCCUCCAGCCCAAGUAAGAUCUCUCUAGCAAUGCCCCUGGCCUUGAGAUAUGCACAAGCCAUUCAUUCAUUAUUUUUCAGUCAAUCAGAAAUACAAGUCUGGUACUGCUGCAGAACCUCUUGCAUACUAUUAGAAGUAUGUAAACCGUAAUUCUGCGGAAGAGUUCUAAAAAUAAAGCAGUCAGCAUCACUCUUCCAUUGGUUUCCAUGGCGACGGUUUCAGUUUUGGAACUUUGCCCUGCAAUAAUUUUUUCUUAUACGUACCCACUUUAUGAGAGAACCUGCAAUAUUUACAUAGAUGCGCUUCCUGGCACUGAACGAGGGCAUUCAACGUCUUCAUAGUCCCAAUAGGAAAGCAUUGAUUUAAUGCUUUCCGGUGGUGAAGGUCUAACGUGUGCGUGGUGUUUGCCGCACAUGCACAUUACGUGCUCCAUCAGCGCGACAUCGCCAUUUUAGGAGAGUGAUCAAGCACCAAAGGGACCUCAUCGCUUAAAUUCAGGAAAGGGUUUUAUGCUAUAAUGUUCUUUUUAAUUUAUUUUUUUGUAAAUUCUUAAUUUUUGCGGUGCAUUGCAUGAGCCAGACAAUAAAACAGUAUAUUGCAUGAUAGAGGUUCCGAUAUAUAUAUAUCAUCAACAUUAUAUAACUAUCAUUUUGCGUGUUUACACCAUUUAUAAAAUAUUUUUUAAACAUGCUGAAAACUUGGAUCUAGGUCAUGCCCUAUGUAACAUUUAUUGAUCGUAAGUGUGGUUCUCAUAGUCGGUCCUGGUGCCCUUGUUAUGGCACACUCUGGUGUAAGUAAAUAUGUCGGGAGAGUGUCUCGUGGGCAUAGAGGUGAGUGUGCCACAGAUAUGUGACUUCUGAAGUAUGUGGAUGUUCAAUCGCAGCUUCACACCGUGAGACAUGAUCUGUAUCUUGUCGUGGACAGUUGGGCACCUGAGUAUCACAGCUCUGUGCGUGUUUGAGCGCAACUUUGCAGAUGUAGGUAGGCGGUAUAUCUCCUCAGUGACCGUCUUCUUGACUGUGGCAUGGGGUAAAAUAUUUUGAAUAUUUUCUCCAGGUCUGGGAGUGUCAGCAUGGGGUAGGCCCGAUUUUCCGCCUCAGCUUCGGCUGGGUGGAAGCCGCGAAGAAUGGCAUCUAUCGCCUCAGGAGGAAGUAGGGAGUCCAGCUGGUGGAAGCUGGAUUGGCUGCAGAUUGUGCCAGUUGACAGAGGAGCCUGUCUGAAUGGCGUCUGUAUAGCUCGAUGGUCAAGCUCCGCCCUAAUUUUUUAUUCUAUAGGAGUGGAUGAUUGUGUGUUCAAUAUUUUUAUUGGAUAAACUACUCAAAUGAUUUAAUAGUUGGAAAAAUAUCCUAAUAUUUCAAUACUUUUUGAUAUAUUAAUAUAUUUUGUAUGUUUUUGUUUUGUUUUUUUAAAUAUUUUAAAAUUAUCACUUUAAAAGUUUAUCCAACAGUAUUUUUUCUGUGUCACAAAAGAUUAGUAACAAUAAAGGUGGUGACCUGGCAUAGGUGCCCAGUACCCCCACGGUGGAACAGCUGUGUAAACGAAUAGCAGCAAUGCUGCAACUAAACUGUGAAUCUGCAAGAAUUUUCGCCAGCAGAUUGACAGCUCGGGGGGGGGAGGCCUGUGUUUUAGUUGUGGUGUCAUUAAAUCAUAGCAUUUAUUCAACACGGUUAGAGCUAAUUUUCUGCACUCUUAAAGUGAACCUGUUGUGAAACAAUGAAUUUACUUGGAAUCGCUCCUAUAUUCAUUGCAUACACUGUAUAUAUCACAAAGAUAAAUGCUGUAUUCAAUGUAAAAUAUAAAGAUUUACCCACCUUUCUUCCUUCAUGUAACACCCACCUGCUGGACAUUCUCCACUCCACCGGUGAUCCUCCAGAAGUUUUCUUUGAUUUUCCCUGCCUGGGACGCAUCCCCAAGCAGGGCAGAUCUGCUCAGUGAUGUUGGCACGCUGACUUUGUUGCCUGCGUGAUGGCAUUGGAACGGAGUGACGUCACAUUACUCCAUUCCUAUACUCCCUAGCCGGGGCUAUGGGAGGGAAGCAGAGGGACCUCCUGUUGGAGACUUUUUUUCUGCUCACCCUUUUCAGUCAGGGCUUCUGCAUUGAGUGACAGCCAAGGCAUUGACUGAAAACUUGGAGAAAAAAAAAUAUAUUGUAAAUAGAAUUUUCUCUUAAUCUAUACAUUUGCUAUCAAAACUGCUAGCACAAUGUAUAGUUAAAAUAUUUGCGCUUGAAUGUUGUUUGUGAUCAGUGACCCUUUACGAUGUAUAUAGGGGCUCAAAACAUUCAGAGGGUAAAAUAAUGUUUAUUGCAUUGGUGUAUUCAUUCCCAGGAUGUAAAUGGAACCACUAGAUCCUCAGUAUGGAUCUUUAAGUGUUUAGUGAUAUAAGGUGAACACUACCUUUUGAUUAGGUGCUACAAUUAACAAAAAACCACAACUAUAAAUUACAUAUCGUGGAUACUGAAAUAAGUGUAUUCAAAUUGCAUUAUUUUUAUAGUGAACCAGUUCUCUUCUCUAAAACAUGUUUUUAUUUUUUAUUUAAGGUCAUUAUCCAGGGCUUCAGAAGCUACAGAGACCAAACCAUUGUUGAUCCAUUUAGUUCAAAACACAAUGUAAUUGGUAAGUUUAUCAAAACUUUUGCAAAUGAAUGAAACAUUGAUUAAGCAGUUUUAUUUAAAGGGGCACUCAUAGCAACAUAACCACUUUGGAACUCUGUAUUGGGUUUUGUGCCUAGAGUGUCCUAGAAAUUAUCCUUUCCUUGCCACAUUAUUAAUGUACAAUUAACACUUUCAGAAUAUCAUUGUCAGUUUCUUUCAUCUUGGAUGACAUUCAUUGUUUGACAGUGCUUGGCUAACACACUACCAGCACCCAGACACCAUACUUGUAGUUUCUACCUUCAUGCCAACCAUGUAAAUGAAUGAGCUACAAUCUAAUAAUCUUCAUACUAUGCAGUAACACCAUGUUUCAUUUAUAUGACUGGUCCACUUUUAAAAAAAAAUAUAUAUAUAUAUAUAUAUAUAUAUAUAUAUAUAUAUAUAUAUAUAUAUAUAUAUAUAUAUAUAUAUAUAUAUAUUAUUUUUUUUUUAUACCAGCUGUGCCUUUCUCUGUCCGCUUUUAUAUACUUCUUUUUCGCUUUCCCACUUCUACAAAGUUUUCAUGCACUUUAUUUUAUGUUUUUAGUGGGAAGAAAUGGAUCAGGAAAAAGUAACUUCUUCUACGGUAAGUCUUUUUGUUUGCAAGGGGACAUUGAGCUAAGUUUCCCCCAGUGCUCACAGCUUGUCACUGCUCUCCGGGUUUGGAUGCAGUUGUAUGGAUAAUAUUCAAAUGAACCUUGUACAUUAUCUCAUUGGCAGCGACAGGGCAAGGCUCUGGUUAGUGGGAGAGCCCUGUGUUUUGUCAAACCCUUAGAAACACUUGGAAAGAACUGGAGGAACUAUCUUGACAAAUUAGUAAAUUACUCGAUUGUUUUGGUCUAAGCACAGUUCACACCCACAAUGUACAUAGAGUAAAGUAACAGCAUAUAUUAUACCUGUAUUCCUAAUGUUCUAGUGCUCCUAGUUUUGUAGGUCCUCCCCACUGGUUCGGUUAAAACGGAUUAAAAAUCCUUUCUUACCUCACCUCUUUCCAGCAUUGAGGCUCCAUCGGCACUGGUUAGGUCUCCUCCUCCCACAACAUUAUUGUGAUGGUGGGAUCCUAUGCACAUGCAUGGCAUGUGGCAUGUACAUUUAAACUUCCUCAUAAGAAAGUAUUGAAUCACUGCUUUCCUAUGGGGAACAUAGAACAUGUUAGACUUCGUCAUGCAAAGCGUGAAGAUAGCCAGUGUUUGGACAUGGAGUAAAACUUAGCUAGGGACUUGGGAGCACCACUAGUGACUGUGUGGAAGCAUCUAGAGGUGCAGCUAACUUUGCAAUGUAAUCAUUGCAGUUUCUCAUUGCAGGGUGAACCAGACGGGCACUGCACCAAUUAAAUGGGAUAGUGCCUGUAAUGUCCCUCUAAUACCACAGAAUUUUAUGUGCUGGUAUAGAAUUGUGGACCUUGUAAACAUGAUUGGCAGUGUGCAUGUCCAUGCUCCCUAAAUACAUACUGCGAUACUCAAUUAAAACAAAAGUGUAAUCUAGACUUUUUCUCACAAUUUAGCUAGAAUGGCAUGGGUAACCGUUUAUAAGAUGAUAUCAUGUACUCUUUCCAGAUCAAAUCACAAUUUGUGUGUAACAUUUAGAAUUCAAAUGUAUGGUUUUCAAAAUUUGCACCCUUAAUAAAAAAAAUUCUUGAAAUUCUGUUUUCUUCUAUCCUCAGCCAUUCAGUUCGUUCUCAGCGAUGAAUUCAGUCAUCUACGUCCAGAGCAAAGGUUGGCUUUACUACAUGUGAGUAAACCGCGUCCUGUGCUUUUGGUUCUAUCAGUCAGUGGAUCCAGGACAAUAUUAUGUUUAUUUUGUUUAAAUAUAAUUUUAAAAUAAUGUCUUCAUAUUGGUGUCAUCAGAUACAUAUAUAAAGCGUUGUACCGUCUUUUUUCUAAAAUAAUGAUUUGAACAUUGAGAUAAGUUGGGUGCGUGACAUUGCUGGUAGUGAGAAUGAAUUUAGUCACCUAACUGGGAACUGUGACGAACUGAGUAGGAAAUUGUUUAAGUUUUAGGUGCAAAUAAUUUAGCUAUCAGACUUUAACCUCGUAUCUUCAUAUCUCUGUGGAAUAAUUCAAACUAUUAAAGUGAGAAAAGGUACAGCUUUGCUUAAUAGUUAGAGCCAUAUAGUAGAUUUCUAUGCUGGUUCUUCUUGUGCAAGUUUAAUUCUGAUGGGGCUGUGUUUUAUAUUUCAGGAAGGAACUGGACCUCGUGUUAUUUCUGCUUUUGUGGAAAUUAUAUUUGACAACUCUGACAACAGAUUACCUGUAAGAAUUUUUUUUAAUGUUUUUAUUCAUAUCUUUUAAUAUUACUUGAAAUAUGAGAAUGUAACUUCCUCUGUUUCUAUACUGAUCAUAUUUUGUUGUCCAGAUUGACAAAGAGGAGGUUUCCCUUCGAAGAGUUAUUGGAGCAAAGAAGGAUCAGUAUUUCUUAGACAAGAAAAUGGUGACGUAAGUGGAAAUAGUUACUUUAUAUAAAUAAACAAUCUACACUGACUUAUAGACUCUAUAUUAUCAGAUUGUUGUCCACUACUACAUGAUUAUUAUUUGGCUAAUGCCAUUUAAUGCAAUUAAUAUGUAUAUUUUUUUUCUGUUUGCACACUAUUACGUCUUGUUUAGUUGUCUAACAUACAAGUUGCGCACAUUGUAAUUUGAAAAUCACCAUUUUGGCUAACCUAUUUAUUUUCAUGUAGGAAAAACGAUGUUAUGAACCUCCUUGAAAGUGCCGGCUUUUCCCGCAGUAACCCUUAUUAUAUCGUGAAACAAGGCAAGGUAAGAUCGUUUUACUAUCGUCUGAAAUUAAUCCAAAUAGAUUUCUUCGAAAAUAGAGAAUAUGAGAUCAAACAAAAGCUUAGAGAAACUCAGUAGCUGGCCCUUCAGUAAUCCCCGCUCAGGUUUUAAAAAUAUUUUUGCCAUUACAAAGAGAACAUAUUCCAUUUACAUAUCAGACCGAUGCCAUAAGGGCAGUCCAGAACUGAAAUAAAGGCAAUUUCCCUCUGCACCAGAUGUACAGCAACUUCGGACGAUCGUUUUUGGCCUUCAUUGGGCCUCGUCAACAAGGUGUAGCUGAUACCCCUCUGGGCAUUGUGAAUGGGAUCCAUAUCUGGAUUACCCUUUGUGCUUAGGUUACUGGCUGCUGAGUUUCUCUUAGCUAUUGCUUGUUCUCAGAGCUACUAAUCGAAGGACAAGCUACUGAGUUUCUCUAAGCUUUUUGCCUGUUCUCAGAGUUCUAAUAUUCUCUGUUUUUGUUCCAAAUGCAUGGGAUUACCAAAAAGCCUCAGUCUUGAUUGUUAACUAAAGGAACAUCAAAUUGUUGGGAAUACAAACCUAUGUAGAGACUAUAUUUAAAAGAAGAAAAACUACCACAACAAGAGGACAUAGUCUUAAAUUAGAGGAGCAAAGGUUUAAAAAAAAAUAUCAGGAAGUAUUACUUUACUGAGAGGGUAGUGGAUGCAUGGAAUAGCCUUCCAGCUGAAGUGGUAGAGGUUAACACAGUGAAGGAGUUUAAUCAUGCGUGGAAUAGACAUAAGGAUAUCCUAGCUAUAAAAUAAGGCCAGGGACUAAUGAAAGUAUUUAGAAAAUUGGGCAGAUUAGAUGGGCCCAAAUAGUUCUUAUCUGCCGACACAUUAUUUGUGUAUGUAUUUCUAAUGCUUUACUGCCCCCAGUUCUAUGUAUAUUCACCUCUCUGCCUCCUGCCAGGUUAUGGAGUAAGCAAGGCGAGUGCCCUGCGAUCAGCAGUGCUUUCGCAUAGGCAAGCAUUGAAUCAAUGCUUUCCUAUGGCGGCUUCCACAUCAUGCGACCGAAUUAUACUGGAGUAGGAUUUAACCCUGCAAUGUAAAUAUUGCAGUUUCUCCACUGCACUCCGGCCACUUCGUCUCAAUGAAGUGGCCUGGGUGACUUUAGUGGUCCUUUAAUGUGUCAACAGUAAUUAUUUGCAAUAUUCUGUUUUUACUUCCUUAGCAUGUUUACCUAGCAUGUUUAUAAAGCUGAUAGCAAAGUAGGCUUUUUAUUCCAUUGAAAAACAUUUUUUACAUGCAUUCGCUUACCCUGUUUAUUAUAACAUUACAUUUGUUGUGCUCUGCAAUUUUAGAUUAAUCAGAUGGCAACAGCUCCGGAUUCCCAAAGGCUGAAACUGUUGCGGGAAGUGGCAGGGACCAGAGUGUACGAUGAACGGAAAGAAGAAAGUAUCUCUUUAAUGAAGGAAACAGGUAAAUACUGAUUCACGGGUUACUUUUAAUAAUGAUAAAGUUGCACCCCUUUCCUUAUUGUUUUAUCACUCUUGCAUGUAGAGGGUAAACGUGAGAAGAUCAAUGAGCUGCUGAAGUAUAUAGAAGAAAGGUUACAUACUCUGGAGGAGGAAAAGGAGGAGCUGGCACAGUACCAGAAGUGGGAUAAGAUGAGGAGAGCGCUAGAGUACACCAUUUACAAUCAGGAACUGAACGAAACUCGAGCAAAGCUUGAUGAAGUAAGUUCGGUUAAAUCCAUUUUCAUUGAUUCUUGUAGAAAACCAUAGUGAAUUCUCUAAUAGCUUGCUCCACCCUUUGUGAGCACCUUUGGCUACGAUUCUAUGCCUUUCAGCAUGUUAACGUGCUGUGGAUGGAUUCAGUACUAGCCCUACUAAGAUAGCAUUAAGAACAUUUGCAUGUACUUUGCCCAAUUUUAAUUUGAUAUUUCAGUAAAUUAGUGAUGUCCAAAGAAGCAUUGCAAUGUCUGCGGAAUGCUGCUUGAAACCUCAGUUAUCAGAAUGGAAUGCAAAUAAAAAAUUUUUUUACAUUCAUGUCUUGAGUGCAAUGUUUGCUGUAUUUGACACCUUUGCCUAUAUGACAUAUAGAGUCUUGCAUAUCUUGUCAUGAUACUUGUGUAUUAAAAUGUAAAUUUUAUUUUGAAAGCUUUCGUCAAAGCGAGAGACAAGUGGAGAAAAAUCUCGACAGCUGAGGGACGCACAACAGGAUGCUAGGGAUAAAAUGGAGGUGAGCAUCUGUAGUUUUUGCAUAUUUGGUGUUCAGUUGGUAUAUAUUUUGGUGAUUUUAUGAAUACCAAAAUAAUGAAUAGUUAACAGUGAGAUAGUUGAAGUUUAAGCAGGAAAGCUUGAUUUAAACAAUCUGCUUCUUUUGCUCUAUGUAGUUUUAUGGUCCAUAGCAGAAAGCAGAAAACGCAAAAGUCACAUCAACCCCUAGGUGAUAUUCAAUUAUCUGUUCAUUAGAAUGAAGGAAACUCCGAUCCUAUUCGUGCCGCGACUGCAUGUAGCAGCCGCUUAGUAGAUAACUCCCUAAUUCCCAUGGUUUCAGGGAGCUAUGUACCAAAAGGCUGAAAGACCUAAUUUGGUCUUUCAGCCAACUUUACUAAUACUAAGUAAAAAUUACUAUAUCGCGAGUAGGGACAUGUCUAGUAAAAAACAAAACCAUAAAAACCCUAGUAUCCCCUCUUCCAAGACUGGUGGUGGACCUAAAUUACAAGAGGGGGUGAGGACCUAUUGUCCUCCCCCCGACCCCACCCAUGAGUGGCGGGUCGGGGCCCUAAAUGAAAAUGUUGGGGGGACCUAUUGUCCUCCCCCACGAGCGGCGGGUGGGGGCCCUAAAUAACAAUAAGGGGGGAACCUAUUAUCCUGCCCCCACCCAUGGGCGACGGGUAGGGGCUAAGUGUCAAAAUACCCCCCCCACCCAAAUAAAAUGAAAUCAAUCCCUACCUACUCCCCACUUUCUUAAAAUAAUGAGGGGGGAGACAAUAAAACUAAAUACCUGGAAAAAAUGAAAAUCAGACUUAUCAUUAGAAGUCUUCUUUUUUCUAAAACCUUCUUUCUUUAGCCUCAAAAAAAGGCCAAAUAAAAAAACGACAAUACCAGUCGAACUUACAAACCCGACACUAAAAAUGGAUCCAUCUUCACCCGGCGAGGGCACAGCGCAGCCUUUCCACGCCCUGCAAUUUGACACAGAGCACUUUGAUUAUUUGGCUUGGAAUCCAACCAACCAGAGUGCUCGGAGUCUAUUUACACAGCGUGGGAAAAUUCCAAAGAAAUUGCAGGUUGUGGGAAGGCUUUAUAAAACUUUCCCAGCCCUGCGGAGGUCAGUCUGGGUGACGAUGGAUUCAUUUUUAGCGUCAGGGUUUUUGAUUUUUAUUUGAUAAGUUCGACAGGUAUUAUGGUUUGGAAAUUAUAAAAAAACAAAAACAAACGGGAUUCGGCCAAGACAGUGCCGCUUUUUAGUAGUUUUUUUUUUUAAUGUUCUAGUUGUACUGAACUGUUCCUUUCUGUAAAGUAGAAUUUGCUUGUAUUAUUGUUAACCUGUUAUGUCCAUGGUAAAACCUGAUAAUGAAAAUGUAAUUCGGUGUCUUCAAUGUUAAAGGAACAUUAUAGGAUCAGGAACACAAACAUGUAUUGACCCUAUAGUGUUAAAACCACUAUCUAGUCCCCUUGGUCUCCCUAAAGAUAGUAAAAUCUUACUUGUAUUCAAGUCUGAAGCUGCUGUCUCUGACCUUCCUCUGACAUCAUCAGAAGUGGUGGCCUGAUCCAAUCACAAUGCUUCCCCAUAGGAUUGGCUGAGACUGACAAGAAGGCAGAUCAAGGGCAGAGCCAGCACGAUUCAAACACAGCCCUGGCUAAUCAGCAUCUCUUCAUAGAGAUGAAUUGAGUCAAUGAAUCUCUAUGAGGAAAGUUCAUGGUCUGCAUGCAGAGGGAGGAGAUACUGAAUGUUUGGAUGCAUUUUAGGCAGCCAUGACCCAGGAAGGAUCUCUAACAGCUAUCUGAGGAGUGGCCAGUGAAGUUAUCACUAGGAUGUAAUGUAAACACUGCAUUUUCUCUGAAAAGACAGUGUUUACAGCAAAAAGCCUGAAGGUAAUGAUUCUACUCACCAGAACAAAUUCAAUAAGCUGUAGUUGUUCUGGUGACUAUAGUGUCCCUUUAAGGAUUGGCAAAGAUAGGAUUGCUAUCUUUAUUUAUUUAUUUAUUGAAUUCUUUUUAUAAUAGGAAAUUGAGCGUCAAGUCCGUGAGUUGAAAUCCAAAAUAUCUGCAAUGAAAGAGGAAAAGGAACAGCUGAGUUCUGAGAGACAGGAGCAGAUAAAACAGAGAACCAAACUGGAACUGAAAGCGAAGGAUUUGCAGGAUGAACUGGCGGGAAACAGUGAACAGAGAGUGAGUAUUGGGUCUCGGUCAAACUAAGUGAGAGACUGACAUCCAUCAUGCAAGUAUUGUUACCACACAUGAGUAAAACCCUGCAUUAUUUUCGAUGAGCACCUUAUCCACAAUAAAUCACCCUGUCCUGUCUUGUACAAUUGAUCUAUACAUUGUACUGACAAAAUUGCCAGGAAAUGUAUAGCUUGAAAAGUUAUAUUGGCCUGGAUAUCCUCCUCAACCUCCAAGAUGGCCUUUGUUAAUGGACGUGCUUGCUCCAUACAUAGCUGCCCUGUCCCUUAAAGGACCACUCUAGGCACCCAGACCACUUCAGCUUAAUGAAGUGGUCUAGGUGCCUGGUCCAGCUAGGGUUAACCCAUUUUUUCAUAAACAUAGCAGUUUCAGAGAAACUGCUAUGUUUAUGAAUGGGUUAAGCCUUCCCCCUAAUCCUCUAGUGGCUGUCUCAUUGACAGGCACUAGAGGCGCUUGCGUGCUUCUCACUGUGAUUUUCACAGUGAGAGCACACAAGCGUCCAUAGGAAAGCAUUAUGAAUGCUUUCCUAUGUGACCGGCUGAAUGCGCGCGCAGCCAGCCCAGGAGGGAGGAGAGGAGGAGGAUCGGAGGAGGAGAGCUCUCCGCCUAGCGCUGGAAAAAGGUAAGUUUAACCCCUUUUCUUCUUUCCAGAGCCGGGCGGGAGGGGGUCCCUGGGGGUGGGGGCAGGGCCGGUGCAAGGAUUUUUGCCGCCCUAGGCAAAAGAAAGAACAUCGCAAUGCCCCACCCAUAUGAACUAAUGCCAGUGCUGCACACAGUGUGUGUUUACAUUAAAAAGCCUGCAGGGACAAACUAUAGACACCAGAACAACUUUAUUAAGCUGCAGUGGUUCUGGGGACUAUAGUGUCCAUUUAAUAUGAGGUAAAUUAGAGAUUAGUGUCACUAAUAAUAUACUAGAUUGCCUACUUACAAUCAGAUGAGGAUGGUGAUGGGCUCUGGCUGCAGUCUGGCUCCACUGGUCUGGUGUAGAACAGGAUCUCCCCCCCCCUCCUUCCCAUCAAUCAUCUCUCCCCAUCAUCAAUCAUCAUCUCCCCAUCAUCUCCCCUUCCCAUCUCCCCCUCCCUCCCAUCAAUCAUCUCCCCCAUCAAUCAUCUCCCAUCAAUCAUCUCCCCUCCAUCAAUCAUCUCCCCAUCAAUCAUCUCCCCUUCCCAUCAAUCAUCUCCCCCUCCCAUCUCCCCAUCAUCAUCAUCAUCCCCAUCAAUCAUCUCCCUCCCAUCUCCCCCAUCAUCUCCCUCCAUCAAUCAUCUCCCCAUCCUUCCAUCAAUCAUCUCCCCCUCCAUCUCCCCAUCAUCACCUCCAUCAAUCAUCUCCCCAUCAUCAUUAUCUCCCCCCCAUCAUCUUCCCCAUCAAUCAUCUCCCCCCUCCAUCUCCCCCAUCAUCAUUAUCUCCCCCCCCCCUCCCAUCAUCAUCUCCCCCAUCAUGUCUCCCCCUCCUUCCAUCAAUCAUCUCCCCAUCAUCUCCCCCUCCCAUCAUCUUCAUCCUCCCCCCCUCCCAGAGCUUCUCCUCACCUCCCCUGCCCUGUAGCGUGGCCGAGCUCCUAUCCGGUCCGCGACCCGGACUGACAGGAAGUGCACACUCGGUGUGCACUUCCUGUCAUUCCGGCCGGGUCGCGGACCGGAAAGGAGCUCGCCACGCUACAGCAGGGCAGGGAGGUGAGGCACUGCGGCAGCCGCCUGAGCGCUCUCUAUAGAGCGCUCAGGCGGCUGCAGAAUUUAAAGGGCCGGCGAUGGGGGCGCAGGGCGCCCCCUCCUAUAUGGCGCCCUAGGCGGCUGCCUAGUUCGCCUUAUAGGAAGCGCCGGCCCUGGGUGGGGGCACCCUCGGGGCACUAUAGUGCCAGGAAAACGAGUAUGUUUUCCUGGCACUAUAGUGGUCCUUUAAUAUAUGAACAUCAUCUCACAGUUCAGGUUUAUGCUAGGUUUUGGGGAUUGUUGCCAUGGCACAUAAGGGCUAGAGAUCGUUCGAUUAUGGGUCUGGCCGAUAUUAUCGGCAUAUAUUCGGUAUUUUCUGCAAUAUCGGUAUCGGCCUAUAGAGAUACCGAUAUUGCCGAUAAUGCAUACCAGGACCGCCGGGCUUCUCAUGGUCCUGGGGGGGCCUGCAGCAAGCGCUUACUUACCUUCCCAGUAGCUUCUUUAAGCUCCCCUGUAUAAAUCUUGCGAGACCCGUGGCCGUCAGAGUGGUUACCACUCACAGGCUGCGUGAGUUAGACAGGGGAGCUUCUGGGAAGGUAAGUAAGCGCUUGCUUGGCCCCUUCUACACAGUCCAUGCCACUGGACCACCAGGGAAUGCCAUUUCCCCCCUCCCUGGCCAAGUAAGAAGCGGGGGGGGGACUAAAAAAAUUAAAUAAUUUAAAUAUUUUUUUUUUUAAAAAGUUAAAUAAAAAAUGCCCCUCACGCCUCCCAAAUUACCAAAUUACAUACCUACAGAAACACACACACUCUGCAUUCACUAUAUACACGCACUACACAAACACACACAUUCUGCAUUCACGAUACACACACUACACAAACAUACGCAUUCACUAUAUACACACACUAUACAAACACUGAAUUCAUUAAACACACUACACAAAACGACACACACUCUGCAUUCACUAUACACACACCUCGAUUCACUAUAUACAUACUACACACACACUGCAUUCACUAUAUACACUCUACACUCACACUGCAUUCACUUUACUCACACUACAUUCACUAUAAACACACACACAUUCUGUAUUCAUUCUAUACACACUACAUAGAUACACACUGCAUCCACUACACACACAACACAAACACACAUACAGCUCCCCUGUCUAAACACGCUGCAUCAACCACAUGUGGCAUGUAUAUUUUGUGCAUUUACCUUUAGAAAUAGUUUAUUUUUUCAAAAUGGUAAAUGUACAGAAUAUAGGUAAGUUAUCGGCCUGAAAGUUCACAGAUUAUCGGUAUCUGCUCUAAAAAUGAUGCACGUGCUAGAAUAAUGUAUUGAUUUAAUAUUUUUCCUGUACAAGUUAUAUUUUAUAUGUACCAGGCACUAUAAAGUAGAAUUAGUAUACCCUGAUUACUAAUCUUAAUUUUUUUUUAAAUAAAAGAUCAAAUAAAAAAACAAAUUAAAAUUGUUCAGUAAUUGUAUAAUGGACACACGUAAAAGGGAGCUUUCACUUCCCAGGAUUUUUAAUACGGUUUAUUUUUAUUUAAAUUCUUUCUCCUCUUCAUCUGCAAAGGAUACCAUUAGUAUAACGGUAUAGUUCAGGUUAGAGUAGCCCCACCCAUUAAACAAAUAUGUGUAUAUACAAUAAACGGUUCUCUGCCAAACCGUUUUUCUUGUCCUGCUACAAGCAUUGUGUAGUCCUCAUCCUUUUUGUUUUGCUCUUUUUUAUUAGCUUGUAUUGUGAUAUUCUCAGUACGCACUUUAAUUACAAAAAAUAUAUAAAUGGUAAACCUCACCUGGUUUCCAGCUCUGUGGACAAAUUCUCCCCUCAGUUUGAUCGACCUUGGCAGAGGGGGAGGGAUGAUGGGUGGGGAGAAGACAGAGUAGUUCAAAGUGAAAUGCUGCACAUACAGACUCCAGGCACCAUGACCACCUCAAAUCAAUGAAGCAGGCAUGUUGCUUGGAGUAACACUUUAACUUGCUAAAUCUUUCAUAUAAAUUUAAAACAAAAUGGAAAUCAUUUAAAAGACGAAAAUCGCCCAUAACAUAUUUUUCAACUUUUUAUUGGUAUAAUUUACAUUAAAGUGAUAGUUCCCCUCUAAAUAUCAUAGUUGAAGUUAAUCUAUGACUAUUGGAUUAAAAGAUACGUUUAAAAUCGAAUGAUUAAACCUGAGUCCAUUUUGUUUAUAAUUAGUUCUAUUUACAUUAAUUGAAUACUUCUCCAAAUAAUGUAAGUUAUGUAUUUAAUUGUUUUAAACCUCUCUUAGAAACGUUUGUUAAAAGAAAGACAAAAGCUACUGGAAAAAAUAGAGGAAAAACAGAAGGAGCUUGCAGAGACGGAGCCAAAAUUUAGCAGUGUGAAACAGAAAGAGGAAAGCGGCAUUGCAAGGUCUGUGUUAAUUCUUAUCAAUAUUGGUAUUUAUAAAGCACCAACUAAUUCCGCAGCACUUUACAAUAUUAUGAAUGGGGGAGGGGGGGGAUUUAAAAUAAAUGAGCCAAUAACAUAAAUUAAUGAAUGACAACAAUGGUUAAUGUGUUUAGCAUUCAGUAGAUGGUAGAAUCAAGGUAACUGACAGUUGUAGUGACCCUAUCGCCUGCCAUGGCCUAGCAUUUCCAGAGUACAUUGUUGCUCAUUCAAAAUAUUUGAUUCAUGAGACCUAAAACGUGCAGGAUGCAGGCAAGAAUAUUCAUCAGUAGAUUACUUUUGCAGGGUCACUAAAGUGAAAAUUGUCAGGACUACAAAGUGACUAAUACAUUUAAAGCCAAAGAAGUCAAACUGUAAUCACAGCUGGCUUUUCCCAGUUUGGCUACUUUGGCUUUAAAUCAAAAAAAAUAUACACAUUGCAGCAAGCUGUUAAGUUAAUGUAUGCACAGUGUGUUAUAGGCAAAUGCAAAUUUUUAUUGCUUCCAAGACAAUCCUUAUUUUAUAUUGUAUUCUCAAUUAUUUAUAUAUUUUAAAUAGAGGAUCUCUUACUAACUAUAUAAAAUUAUGGCUAAGAUAUCUGUAUGGUUAGCCCUGCUAAGUUCUAUGCUUUAAGACGUUCGAGUGGUAAAUAAGGGAACCAGCCGCGGUUACAAGUGGGUUAAAUAUAAACACGCACACAGAAAAUUGAUGUUUAACACAUUGUAGCGAUAACUUAGUACACUAAUGGUUACCCCUUUCUAAGCUGUCAGGGAUCCCUCUCUAUGACAGCUAAGAAAUUAGAGCGUUAUAUGAUGAGACUGCUUUCCAAUCUUGUAGCUGACUGAUUGCAGCUUGCUGCCGCGAAGAGUGAGGAGAUCUAGAUCAGGAAGGAUAGGGUGUAGCAUCUUCACUGGCACCUCAUUAUUAGCUAGACCUUGAAGUGUAUGUAAAGUUUGAGACUGGCACACUGCUCUCUCUCGAGCAAUUAGUAGGGCCAGUUGUAUUUUGGCCGCCAUGACAUUGUGUACUUGUAAUUAGAUGGUUGAAUUGUUUCUUCUGCUUUCAACAUUUAUCUUGCAUUGAAAUGUCUCUGAGACAUAUGCCAUGUUAAACUUGAUAUUCCUCCCUUAUAUAGGCUUGCUCAAGCAACCCAGGAGCGUACAGAUCUUUAUGCCAAGCAGGGUCGUGGAAGUCAAUUCACAUCAAAAGAAGAGAGGGACAAGUGGAUUAAGAAGGAGCUGAAAUCCUUGGAUCAAGCCAUUAAUGACAAAAAAAGACAAAUUGCAGCCAUAAACAAAGAUCUGGAGGACACAGAAGCUAAUAAGGAGAAAAAUCUGGAACAGUACACUGUAUGUUAAGUUUGAUCCCCCUGUUUUAUAAUACAAAUUCCAAUAUGUGAUCAUCAUACUCAGGGCUGGCCAAAGGCAUUUUGCUGCUUGGGUGAAAGGUUGAAAUGCUGCUCCUCGCACAGAGAGGGAGGCGGUGACAGGUGAUGGAGGGAGACUGGUGGUAGAGUGAUUGAGGGAGGGAGGGUGUGACACAGUAAGGGAGGAGGUGGCAGAGGGAGGGAGGGGGUGACACAGUGGGGUGAGAGUGAUACCUUUAUUUUUUUCCCUGGUGGUCUGGUGGACUUUGAUCCUUGGUGGUCUGGUGGACUGUCUCUUUGAUCCCUGGUGGUCCAGUGGGCUGCCCUGAGAGGCAGAGAGCCAGUAGUCUGCAGCUCCACCAGGUGUGAGCUGCAGACUGUGCAGUGUCUCGCAAUAUCCAGAAGUCAGAGCGUUGCUGUGGUAAUCCACAGCAACGCUCUGAUUGGCCAGAGAUCACGAGACACUGCACAGUCUGCAGCUCACACCCGGCGGAUUUGCAGACUGUGCUGGCUCCCUGCCUAUCAGGGCAGAUUGGAGGGGCCUCACACCCGGCGGCAUUCCGGGCAAGCCGCCGGGCCCACUCCUGGUGUCGGGUCCAAGGACCUGACACAGUCUGUCUGCCCUAUGGCGAGUUAGGCAGCUGCCUAAUUAGAGAGCAGUCGGCUCGCCACUGUCAGGGUACCGCCUGGAGCCGUGGCUCCACCACAGGCUAUGGACGGGCCAGCCCUAAUCAUACUGCAUAACUAGUCUGGAUGGUAGGAGGUGGAGCAUGCUGGAGUAAGCACACUGCUUUGAUAGUGAGUUUUAUAAAAGAGGUAGGGUGUGGGAGUGAGCAUGUUGCUCAGGUAGUAGGGUUAUAGGUGUGGGGAGCUGCAGUGAGGGCUGCUGAAGUAGUGUGAGUUAUAGGAGGUGUGGGGACCUGGAGUGAGAGUGCUGCUGAAGUAGUGUGGGUUACACGAGGUGUGGGGAGCUGGAGUGAGAGUGCUGCUGAAGUAGUGUGUGUUACACGAGGUGUGGGGAGCUGGAAUGCUCUGGUAGUGGUGUUCUGGAGCUUUUCAGUGAAGUUGUUAUGAACUAGGUUCCCUGAACUAAAAGUACAAAUGAUGUUACCUAUGCUCAGAAGGGAAAAAAAAAAAAAAUGAAGUGCCCAGUCUGCUGUAUAUUCAUUUUCCAACAUGUGGCAGAAAGAGAUGGCUUUUUUUUUUUUUUUUUUAAAUGAUACCUUUUGAAACUAACCCGCAUGAGUUACAAAGACAUUUUCACUAAUCCUCACAAUGGGCUUCAUUUAACCUUUUUUUUUUUUUUUUUUUUUCCCAUACAUAAAAUGUAUUUAAUAGAAAUUAGAUCAAGAUCUUAAUGAAGUGAAGGCUCGAGUUGAAGAACUGGAUAAAAAGUACUAUGAAGUGAAAAACAAAAAGGAUGAGCUACAGAGUGAAAGGAAGUAAGUGGCUAAUUUAGAGUUAAUUAUAUAUACUUUUUAAAAUAGUUUUAAAGUAAGCAUUAAAAUCACGUUUGUUACUUUUGGAUAAGCUGUGUCUCGAACUGGACGACACCGCUUAUACUGAAACAUUUUCUUUGCUCCAAUGCUUGUUUGAUUUUCACACACACACUCUACUUAGUAUGCUAGUCAACAGGACUAAGGAAGCUCCCAUCACAAACUAAUUAUAAUUAGAAAUGGAGAUUAUCUUCAUCAGUAAUGAACUGUUCAGUACUGUGAACAAAACCAUUUAAAGUGCCUUAAAUUUAAAUGGGUAAACAAGCAUUUUUCAGGUUAUGUUUUAAACCAUUAAAUAUUCAGUAAAUCUAGAAUACAGUGUGUUAUUUUGAGUCUUAUCUACAAUUGUUUUGUGAGCUUUUAUGAGGGAAGCACCAGUUGAGGGUUUUGGAUCAUGAAAGUCAAUUUAGAUUUUUCUAUUCAGUUAUUUAUGGAGAGAGGAGAACGCAGAACAGCAAGCACUCGCUGCUAAAAGGGAAGAUUUGGAGAAGAAACAGCAGCUGCUCCGAGCUGCCACUGGAAAGGUGAGCGCUGCCAAACACUAAAAAAAUAUGUAUUCUACAUGACAAUACCUCUAUUGUUUAAACCUUCUGAAAAUCGACUGAAGGUUUUGCAUUUUUAUUGUGUGUUUUAUUACAUUCUUGUGCAGUCAGUCAACCUUUCAGUUUUGUAAUGUGCAAUUUGUCUGGUUUCCUCAUACACAUAAAGGGAACAUAGUCCUAAAAUGUAAAGCCAAACCUUUUUAACCUGGAUCUAAGUUUGUUUUCUGGGAGUGUGUAGGCAGCACUGUCACUGGCUAUUUUAAUUUACCUUAUGUACUUGGUUUGAGUUGAGGCACUUUAGUUUAUUUUGAAAGCCAACUCUGGCCUCCCUUUGGUCCCGUGAUUCAGGCACCUACAUUUUAAUGUAAAUUAAUGGGACAAGUGUUGCUGUCUUAAAAUAAAUUAACAAGCUUGCUAUUGCUUUACAGGGCUAACUGCUGCAGAGCAUUUGUGGGAUCUGGUAAUCAAAGAAAUUUUUUGCUUUUUAAAAAUGCAUUCUUUAGCUCCAAUGAAUCUGUUGAAAACAGCAUGACUAAACAGGGCCUAAUUAGACAUUCUCUCUGAGUAAUUAUUAUUCCAGUCAACAUAUUUUUCAAUUUCCAUGGCAGGCAAUUUUGAAUGGAAUUGACAGCAUUAAUAAAGUUCUGGAGCAUUUCCGGAGGAAAGGCAUCAACCAGCACGUCAUUAAUGGUUAUCACGGGAUUGUCAUGAAUAACUUUGACUGCGAGCCUGCUUUCUACACCUGCGUGGAAGUCACUGCCGGGAACAGGUAUUGUAUGCCGUCUUUUAUCAACUUUUUGUUGGUUUUGCUUAACUUUUGGAACCAUGAAAAUGAAAAGCUGGGUCAAGGUAAAAUGUCACAAAAAACAAAACCAAAUUGUCUGGGGAAUGGGCUGCUGUUUGAGAGGAAAUGAGUAGUGUUUAGGGUAAGUUUGAUCUUGGGCUGGAGCAAGCAUGUCAAACACUCAGCCCCGCGGCCCACAAUGGACAUCUUUACGGCCUGACGAGCCUCGAGUACAUGCUUAGUGUUAAAGCAGAGUAGGCACCUGCUUUCUCCAAGUUGCAGGUGCCCACUCUGCUAAAAUUUACCCGGCCGGAGAGGAAGCAGGACGCUGGCGGCAGCGAGGGAGCUCAGUCUUCCUGCUCCUCACUGCUUCCUUGCGCGCGCUGUCUGUAGUGGUGCCUGACUAUGACGUGUUAUUCCGGCAACCGGCAUCACUAAACUGCACGCGCGAGUGAGCAGCGAGCAGCAGGAAGGAAAUCUCCAGAUAGAAGAUCCCCACUGGACCCCAGGGAUAAAUACAAUGAUAUGUGUGUGUGUUGGUCCAUUUUGCGAUGGCCACGGCUGUACAGUGGAGGACUUGAAGGCUCACGGAGGCAUGCAACACCACUUCACAUUCCAACGUGACGUCGACGUGCUCCACCUUCACAGGGUUUGAAGAAGUAGCGGGGAGAUCCAAUUUGGCACAGGGUGAGGACCAUUUGGGGUAUAACAGAGGUCGGAGUCUGGAGUCGCAUACUGGCAGUGGCAAUGUGAGUGGAGUCUGCUUGUUGGCUAAAGGAGGGGUGCUGGGAUUUAGUAGAGGGGGGAGGGGACUGGGAUUUGAUGUAUGGGGGGAUGGGACUGGGAUUUAAUAGAGGGGGUGCUGUGGUUUAGUAGAGGGGGAUGCUGUUUUUUUUUUUUUUUUUUUGAGUUUGGCAUGCUUGCUUGGGCUCGAGUCUUAGGGCAAUUAUGAGGUGAGGGGCUUGCUUACAAUGAAUUUGUUUGACCCACAUUAAAAACUAAACGGUAGUCUCACAACAUUCCCUCACCUCUCUGGUGUUUGCAAGUGAUAUGUUUUGAGCCCAGGAUAUUUUAAUGGUUUUGUAGUUUUCCCUCUGUCUUGCUAUCUUGCUAUGAUACUGGGAAACCGCACCCAGACCAGUUUAUGUAUGUGUGAAGCAUGGAUGCUUGCCUGUUAAUAGUCUCUCUGCUGUAAGAAGCUAUGCAUCUGCUAAUGUGAAUGGAAAUAUUUCUAAUUACUAGUUAAUAAAUCUCCCUUGUUGUGCAGAAACUGUUUUUAAAUGCGCUAUAAGCUGUUCUAUAGUACAAUUAUAUAGUAGAAAAAAUACAUAUAAGACGAUGUUUAAAUGAUGUACACUAAACAAAGAAAUGUUGAAAAGUGAAAGCAAGGGAAUUGCAAAUGUUAAUUGAAAUAUAGCCCUGGUGGAGAACUGUUUUCAUUUUGUUGCUUUGGGGGAAAAAUACAAUUUCUUUGUCUGUUUUCCCACAAUGCUAGGUUUUGAGAAUAUUCAUGUGUAUGUUUUAAAAUGUUCACUUGCUAAUAAUGUGUCUAUUGAGGAUAAAGUUUCUGGAUUACAUUUUCCCCUCUUUACUAGUAGAAAUAUAAUGCUGUUUGUUAUAAAUAUGGAGAUAUGUAAUUGUAAAUGGGUUUUAUCUCAGGAUUUAUGUUUGGAGAGAGUGAGUCAUAUUUUCACCUGUUAAACGAGGUCUGUUCUGUUCAUAAGGUUGUUUUAUCAUAUUGUGGAAUCAGAUGAGGUCAGCACGAAGAUCUUAAUGGAGUUUAAUAAAAUGAAUCUGCCUGGAGAAGUAACCUUCCUGCCCCUCAACAAACUGGACGUUCGAGACACAGCUUAUCCUGAAACUAAUGUGAGUCGUCAUAAUCCACCUCCGCUCCCCCGAGCUGCCACACUCAUUAUUUCCCUUCAGUCAGAUUCUGAGUCAUUGUUAUUCAUUUGUCAUUCUCCAGAGGAGGGUUUUAUAUUUUUAUAUGGAGACAUUUAACGCAGAGCAGCAAGACAGAUUUAAAUGGCAACAAUGAAUUGCAGCGUGGGCCAUUACAAUAAAACCUGUGCGUGACAGUGGGUUUUAUUGCUGAUACACUGUCUAUUUGUCCCAGCAAUAAAAUUUGUAUCUUAAAAUGAAAAAAAUAAAGUAAAAAUGUAUUGCUUCUGAAAAAUACAGUAUCUUUUUCUUCUGGAUACAAGUGAUCGAUCAGAGAGGUCUCCCAAGUGACAGCCAUGUCAAGAUAAAACAGGCACUUCACAACAGUUUUAAAUAGAUUGUAGUAAACACACUACUAAUCAGUGUGAAGUGCUAGUAUAAAAUAUGUUAUAAACAUCCACUCUUAUUUUCGGGGAGUUUGAAUAUUUUAUGAGACCCAAAAAUAAAGUAGAAACCAUGCAGUAUGGCGUUAAAAUAAAUAUCUCCUAGAAAAUGUGAAUCUGAAGCUAUCACACCUCCUGGUGUGCUUCCAAAAUAAUGUGAGAAAAAAUUGGUUGUGUAUUCUUAUGGCUUCGAUCUGGCAGCCAAAUAAAGAAAAUAAGUGAAACUUGCUCACUUUAACCCCUUCAGGACGGAGUCAAUAGUGCACGUUCUGAUCAAAACAAAACGUAAACAAAAACUGGAAUUUGCGCUAUAUGUCUGUUCAACCCUAAUUCACCGCUGUCACAUUAAGUGACCCCACACUUAUUACAUAUCAUUUUGUUCAGGAGAAACGGGGCUUUAAUUUAUCAUUAACUAUUCAUAUAUGGAACAUAAUUUAUUAUGAAUAAAAUUUUAAAAAAUAAGAUUAUUUUUUUUUUUUUUAUUUUUAUUUGUAUUUCCGUCUGACAUUUUAGCUGUGAAUGUCAUAAUACCUGUUAGGUUUGUAAUCAGCGAUGUCUCACGAGUACAACAGUACCCCCCAUUAACAGGUUUUAUGGUAUUUUGGAAAGUUACAGGGUCAAAUAUAGAACGUUCCAUUUUCACAUUGAAAUUUGCCAGAGUAGUAAUGUUACCUUUGAGACGGUGUGGUAGCCCAGGAAUGAGAAUUGCCCCCAUAAUGGCAUACCAUUUGAAAAAGGAGACAACCCAAGGUAUUGAAAGUGGGGUAUGUUUAGUCUUUUUUAGUAGCCACUUAGUCACAAACACUGGCCAAAGUUAGCGUUCAUAUUUGUUUUUGUGUGAAAAAAGCAAAAAACUCAUAUUUGGCCAGUGUUUGUGACUAAGUGGCUACUAAGAAAGACUGGACAUACCCCACUUGCAAUACCUUGGGUUGUCUACUUUUGCAAAUGGUAUGCCAUCAUGGGGUAAUUCUCAUUCCUGGGCUACCAUACGCUCUCAAAGGCAACAUAACCAAUCUGGCAAAUUUCAAUGUCAAAAAAAUGAAAUGCAAGCCUUAUAUGUGACUCUCUAACUUUCCAAAACACCAUAAAACCUGUACAUGGGGCGUACUGUUAUUCUCGGGAGACUUCACUAAACACAAAUAUUAGUGUUCUAAAACAGUAAAACAUAUUACAACAAUAAUAUAGUCCAUAAAAGUGUCGUCCGUUUGUAAAAAAUGCAAAAAACUUCACUUUUACUUAAAAUAUCAUCGUUGUAAUACAAUUUACCAGUUUGAAACACUAACAUUUGAGUUCAGCGAAGUCUCCCGAAUAAAACAGUACCCCCUAUGUACAGGUUUUAUGGUGUCUUGGAGAGUUACAGGGUCAAAUAUAGUGCUUGCAAAUUAAAUUCUCUGCACUUUCUCCCUGUGUUGUCAGGCAUGUCAAUCAAAUUUUAAUUAAUCAAAUGACAUAAUUAUGUUAAAAGAUUACUUAAAUAUACAUGUAGAAUUUUAAGAGAUAUAUAUAUAUAUAUAUAUAUAUAUGUGUAUAUAUAUAUAUAUGUGUGUAUAUAUAUAUAUAUAUAUAUAUAUGUGCAUAUAUGCAUUUAUAGGUAUACUAAUGUAAUCUUUUAUGUAAUUGUGUGUGUGUGUGUGUGUAUGUGUGUAUGUAUAUAUUAAAAUUUUUGUGGUUAUUUGUAUUUUAUAUAUAGAUAUGAAAUGUCAUUCUAAGUGUAUUUUGUUAUAUAUAUAUAUAUUAAUAACAAAAUACAGAUAGAAUGAAAUUACAUAUGAAUAUAUAAUUUAUAUAAAAUUUUGUUUCAAUAUGUUAUUUAUUUUAUUUAUUGUAAUUAUACGUGUGUGUGUGUGUGUAUAUAUAUAUAUAUAUAUAUAUAUACAUUGUAUGACGUUACAUAUAUAUAAUAUGUAUAUAAUAGAUAUACAUAUAUUAUAUAUAAAUUUCUAUUUUAUUUUAAACAUGUUUAAUUCUUUUUUUUUUUUUUUUCUUUUUUUUUUUUUUUACUUUCCCACCAGCAGGGGGACGGUCUGACAUUUUAGACAGCCCCCUUGCUGGCAGAUCCACAGCCAGCUAUAGGGGGCCAUGUGAUCGCUCUUUGAGAGCGAUCACAUGGCCCCCGGGGGACUCAUUUGCCAAGCAGCCCUCCAGAAGAGGAUCGCAGCGGAGGUAAGUACCUCCGAUCUCCUGGGGGCUUUAGCCGUUACGGCGUUCUAUGCCGCCGCAACGGCUUUAAAGCCCUUUUAAUGCGGGACGGCAUAGAACGGCGUUAAGGGGUUAAUAAAAGCCCAAUGAGAUCUGGCACUUAGUAUAAAUCGCUUGUGCAGUAUUACUCAGUAGUAACAUACAAAAUGUUUCAAUUGGGAAAUAUACUGAUCGCUGCAGAUGCACACUAAGACAAAAACCAGACUGGUGGACCAAAGCACUUAACUUAAAAUAUGAGAUGGAAACCCAGACAGGUACGAGAGACACAUGGCUAAUUGAAAAAUAAACAAGUCUUUUAAACCAGACUUGUGGCACAGAGAGAGGUGACAGACAGCAAAACCUAGAAAAACUUAUACACCAAUGUUUUGUUAAAAUACUCCUCAUUGCUCAAUUUGUAGAUCUGGUUUUCCAAUUGCUGCUUAACUGAUUUUCUAUCUGAUUGAAAAUAAACCAGUAAAGUAAUGAACAUGAUAUGGCAGUUCCUAAAGUGAACCUGUUAUUCACAAAAUGUGCCAACGUCAGAUAGAUAAAGAGCUGUAAUAUAUACCAUAAGUGGUCCCACUGUAUUGGACACUGGUUUAAUUAUUUCCCUUUUGACUUUUUAGGACGCUAUUCCAAUGAUCAGCAAGCUUCGGUACAACCAACGUUUUGAUAAAGCAUUCAAACAUGUAUUUGGCAAGACACUUAUUUGCCGCAGUAUGGAAGUAUCGACGCAGCUAGCCAGGGCAUUUACUAUGGAUUGUAUCACUUUAGAAGGUAGGAAUACAGUUUGUGAUUAGUGUAAAAGUUUGAUUUAAUAGUUUCACUGCCAAGUCAGAGUUUGGAACCAAUCUAUCUGAUGCUUUAAUCAGUCCUUAUUUCCUUUCAGUUAUAGUGGUAUUUUUAUAGCAAUAUAAUUGACAAGCAAUGGUUUCUCGACUUGGGUUCCUGUACUGUCAGCAUGUCAUAUGUUCCCUGUUGUCACUGUGGUCUAUUCACCUGCACUAAAACAUGAGCUAUUGCUUGUGAUUCUCAACACAGCUUCAUGCAUUUUCAUUUUUCUGAGAAGUUUCCAUGGUAACCAAUUCUCUGAUAUUGUUCUGAUUAAUCUGCAGAAAGUCACAUUUUAUUUUAGUGCAGGUUUUUAAAUUGCAUUCUAGCAAAGAAGAUUAAAUAGCUGAAUUUUGUUCCUGAUGACAUUUUAGUGUCUGGUCUACAGAGAUGUUUAAUGGACUUGAUGGCAUCUGACAUUUACAUGGCAUGUUUAUUGUUCUUUAUUAUGAACACUAAAACAUAUUUCAUAUUUGUGCAAAUUCCAGCUUAGACUCAGCUGUUAAAAACUAAAGUUUCAAUCCGUCCUUUUUUUGUUUUGUUAAUAGACACAACGUUUUUGGGAUAAUUUUUUUUUUUUUUUUUGACCAUUCUAUUUUAGAAAAGUUUUACCAAGGAAAUCUUUAGAAACGAUAAUUUCUUUCAUUUGUACACCUGUGUGGACUGGGGAUCUUACAAGAAAGGGCUUUUGUAUUGGCUGCAUAUAUGCUAACCAGGGGUUGCAAAUUUGAUUGAUGUCCUCCAGAAAGUCAUAUUAUUUAGCUAUUAAAACUCCCACUCUUUGCUCUUCCUUGCUUUAUAGGAAAAGGGGUGGGGAGGAGGCACUAUUUGAUGUUCGUAAUAAGCUGGAAUCAUAGAUUUCACUACAGUUAGUAGGUGUUUUGUCAAUGAUGCUUUAUAUUAAGAUAUUGUUAUGGUAGUAAGAGAAAAAAUAUUUUAGAUGUACCUUGUUGUCUUAUCACCACAAUAGAAGCGAUAACCCCAUGUGUCUCCUACCAAAAUGUAGCUUUACAUGGCUUCAAUAACAGUAAUUGAAUGCAUUGUGGUCAUUCGCCUUAUGUCUACAUUAAAGUUUACUUUAAAUCAAAAACUGAAAUAGAACCAAAUCCAUUUUAAUGCACUUCUAUAUAUUUAAACAAUAUAGAUAACACUUUAGCUUUGCAUUCAUUUCAAUGUGCUAUGUUAACUCUCAUAAUAGGGGACCAGGUGAGCCAUCGUGGAGCCUUGACAGGAGGUUAUUACGACACAAGAAAGUCCCGUCUCGAGCUGCAAAAAGAUGUUCGGAAGGUAGAAGAUGAGCUUCAUGCUCUGGAGGCAAAGCUCAAUGAAAAUCUCCGGAGAAACAUUGAAAAUAUCCUUUUGUGUGAAUGCAUUGUGCAAGGUGUAUGUGUUCCAAAAGAAACACUUUAGGUCAUAUUUACUCAUAAAGACAGUCGAAAGCAAAGUCAGCAGGAACAUUCCAUUAGAUUCUAGAAUGUAAGCUCAUGGAGCAGGGCCCUCCACCCCUCUGUUCCUGUAUGUCCAGUUGUCUGGUUACAAUUACAUGUCUGUUAGUCCACCCAUUGUACAGCGCUACAGAAUCUGAUGGCGCUAAAUAAAUAAUAAAAUAAUAAUAAUUAGCUUACAGGGUGGAUAUUCCAUUCUUAAAACUUCGCCCUAGUCUUCUUAAUACAUUUCCCUUAUUGUGUAAUUGAAGUCGGCCAGUAGUUUGUGCUAUUCUAACAAUCUGGUUGUUAUGGAUCCUAUUCCAAAAAAAAGUGUCUGGUGUUGUAUUCAUUUCUGAAGUUGUUUUAAGAUGUAUGGAUUACGGUAAGUGGUAUGCUUAGACCAAUAAGCUUUUUUUUUUUUUUUUUUAAACGAUGUUUGGUUUAGAGCAUGUGCUACGUAUUGUAUGUUAUUAGAAAAGAUUGCAGCAGAACCAGUGUGAGGUUGCAGGAUUAUCUAUUAACAUAGAGACGCAGAAGCUUAUUUUAGUGAUAUGUGCUCUCUCCUAGAUCAUUUCCAUAGAUCAAUGAAACAUUGAUGUAACACUUGAGCAAAGUAUGUAUAAUACUUUAAAAUAAAAAAUAAAAGAAAUAUUUGGAUGUUAGAAGAUGAAAAACUCUGGUAUUUUCAGUAAAAAAUAGUUUCCUUAGCACUUUUGUAAGGAUUAACAAUGAAAUUGACCAGCUAAUGAACCAGAUGCAACAGAUUGAGACCCAGCAGAGGAAGUUUAAAGCCUCUCGAGACAGUAUCUUGUCAGAAAUGAAGAUGCUAAAGGAAAAGCGGCAACAGUCUGAAAAAACAUUCAUGCCCAAGGUGAGAUUUACGGGUGCUUUCAUUGUUACUGUCUAAUGCAGUCUCAUUCCCAAGGUGAGACUACACUGGUUCUUUCAUUCACUACUGUCUAAUGCAGUCUCAUUCCCAAGGUGAGACUACACGGGUGCUUUCAUUCAGUUACUGUAUAAUGCAGUCUCAUACGCAAAGAGAUUAUUCCUUUGUCAUCAUUCCACUGUAAUCUAAAGCAGUCUUAUAUCCAAGUGAUUCAGCUAUCCUUUAAUGCAAGCUCAAACAGCCAAUCACUGAAGCUUUGUCUGAUGAUGUUGGUUUGUUUUACAGCAACGUAGCUUGCAGAGUCUGGAGGCCAGUUUACAUGCAAUGGAGUCCACACGAGAGUCCCUGAAAGCUGAGCUGGGGACUGAUCUGCUAUCCCAGCUCAGUUUGGAGGACCAGAAGCGGGUGGAUGCUCUCAAUGACGAGAUUCGGCAGUUGCAGCAAGUAAGUUAAAGCUAAUAAAAUCCAUAAUCUUGCAGUUUGCAAUAAAUGCUUAUAGCAUUCAUUAUAUAUUAGCAAAAAUAUUUAUUUUCCACAUUAGAUUUCUAUCCAACACUUUUUUUUAAUUUAUUUUUUUGAUGUUUUUCAAAUUUAUUUAGGAAAACAGACAACUCCUAAAUGAAAGGAUUAAGUUGGAGGGAACGAUUACUCGAGUGGAGACUUACCUGAAUGAAAAUCUCCGAAAGAGACUGGACCAAGUGGAGCAAGUAAGUGCAGUUGCACUAUCAGAGUCUCAAAUAUUACUGAAACUGCCUCUGUUAACUCUUUCAAUUCCUUGCUCUCAAAUAUGGCAAAUUGUUUUGAAUUCUUAUAUUUUUCUUUGACUAUUUCUGUAGUAGUUUCUGUUACCACCAUGGGCAAGGCUUUAACAUGAAAGUUUAUUUUCUCUUCAUCGCAGGAACUUAAUGAGUUGAGAGAAACUGAGGGAGGGACGGUCCUCACAGCAACAACAUCUGAACUGGAAGCCAUCAACAAACGCGUGAAGGAGACACUGGCAAGAUCAGAAGGUAUACUUAUUCUGUAAAUGCUUAGGAUUAUAUUUCACCAUUUCUGUUCGUAAACUCUUGGUUCAGUAAAUCCUCUCUGAUAGUAUUGUUGGCAUGAAGCAUCAUUAUAUGUGUGUGCAUUGCAUAAACUCUUUGCAGUGUUCUACCAUGGUAAAACCAAACACUCCCCCCCCACCCAUAUUUUAGGCCUAGACAUCACCAUUGACAAGACAGAAGUAGAGAGCAAAGAUCUUGUGAAAAGCAUGGAUCGAUGGAAAAACAUGGAAAAAGAGCACAUGGACGCUAUCAACCAUGACACAAAAGAACUUGAGAAAAUGACAAAUCGCCAGGGUAUGCUUCUAAAGAAGAAAGAGGAGUGCAUGAAAAAGAUCAGAGAACUGGGCUCUCUGCCGCAAGAGGCAUUUGAAAAAUACCAGACGCUAAGUUUGAAACAGGUAAUGGAAUAAUGAUUGAAGGCAAGGUUUUCCCUUUUUGAAAUCUUUUGUCAGAAAAUGAUAAAUUAUUUUGAUUCUUACGGUUUGCCCUCGAUGUAGAUAUUCACCUUUAAAAAUAAAUAAAUAAUGUAAGAUAAAUUUUGCCGGUGCAUUGAGUUUAACCUAUCCUAAACAUAACUUGCCAUAGAUUAAUUUCCUCCCAGAAAGACACAUCUGUACACAUUGCUGUGUUUCUUGCAUACAAAAGUCACUCUACUCCUUCAGACACUUGGCAGCUCUCUGGAACAUGCAUGUAUUGAGCGUUCGUGAAGUAGCUGCUCAGCAGCAAAUUUAAUGUGUGCCCCGAUAACUUUAAAAAUCUGAUCCAGAAUCUAUUGAAACAACUAAUGGAAAACAAAAGAAUUUGAAAAUCAUCCCAGCUCUGUAUCACAUUUUACUGGAGCAACUUGUUUCUUAUAUUGGUUAUUGAGAGGUGAAUAAAUGCUGCAUUUAGAAUUCUUGUCCAAUUUUUAUUUGCUGAAAGGCAACAGGAAAUCAUCAAAUCAGUGAAAACAUUUGACUUUUCACAUAGCUUUAUGGUCACAUGUACUUUAUUAAAAAGGUUGCCAUGUAUACAAUACUGGGGAAACCUGGUGAAACAGACUUAAUGAGAAAUUUCAGAGAUUACUACUAGAGCACAGUAGUAAUUGUAGUCCAAUGUUGGACUACAAUUCCCACGGUGCUUUCCUGAUCAACUAGGAGUUGCAAAUAACAGCUUGGGGAAGGCCAUAUGCUCCUACACCCGAAAGUUUUGGAAACUUUAUUUUUCUUUUUUUAAACAGAGACAAAAAGUUACAGACUUUGUAAAACUAAAUUUUUUUACAUAGUUUAACCAAGUUUCUCAUUUGUCCUUUCAGUUAUUCCGCAAGCUGGAGCAGUGCAACACUGAGCUUAAGAAAUACAGCCACGUAAACAAGAAGGCUCUGGAUCAGUUUGUAAACUUCUCUGAACAGAAGGAGAAACUUAUAAAGCGUCAGGAAGAGCUAGACCGCGGCCAUAAAUCUAUAAUGGAGCUGAUGAAUGUCUUAGAGCUAAGGAAAUAUGAGGCCAUCCAGCUCACAUUCAAACAGGUAUUGUUAAUAUUGCUAAACCAUGUGAAAUAUGUCUCUAAACUUAGUGAACCCGUGUGAUGUGCAACAAAGUACAGGGAAUGCUGGGUAAAUUGGACCGGUGUCACUUUAAUCUUCUAAUAACGCAUAUUGUUUGUUGAUGUUAAAGGCCUUUUACAUGUUGUAUUUGAAUAAAUUAUAUUAUGUAUAAAUUCUACAUGUAAAAACUCCCUAAUCUGUAAUUUCUCAAACACUUUAUGCACGGGGCACAUUGUGUGGACCUAUCCCCUCAUUAACAGUCGGUUGAAAAGGUCAGCAAGUAGUGCUGGAAACACAAAUCUUAGCCCCGCCCCUGUUAUUAUUGGGUACGUUCCGUUUAGACUUAUGGGCUUAUCAAGUGCGUACCUUAAAAGAAUAACUACAUCAUCCCUCCUAUAUCUGCAUGUUACAUGUUUGUUUUUUUUAGUUUCGCUGUAUUUCCUUUGAUUUCUUUUCUAACUGAGCUUUCAUCUCCAUUGGACACAUGUCAGUCGGUACUUCCCCCAAGCUAUCUCUUCGGCUUAUUAAACUUUGCUACUUGUGCAGAGAACCAUCAUUAUGUUUCUGACAUACUUCUCAUUUCGAAUUUGACAAGACUACUUACGUAUAACAUGGUUUCAGUAUUUUAACUGGUUCAUUCAGAUACAUUCUUCCUGCUGUGCUUGUCUGUUAAACCUGUCUCUUCCACUUGACAGAUGCCUUCUGUGUAAUGAAUUGAUAAAGAAAUACAUGUUGUUUUGUUUUUAGGUGUCCAAGAACUUCAGUGAAGUGUUCCAGAAGCUGGUACCUGGGGGCAAAGCCACACUUGUCAUGAAGAAGGGAGAUGUGGAAGGAAACCAGUCUCAGGAUGAGGGGGAGGGAAGUGCAGAGAGCGAGAAGGGUUCCAGCUCACAGAGCAGCGUUCCUUCAGUGGACCAGUUUACGGGUGUAGGGAUUAGGGUAAGCAUUCAUUAUCAGUGAAUAAAGGAUAUAUAUGUAUACACAUUGAUACAAUGUAAAUGAAAUAUAAUCUGGUUUUGUGUGCAGGUCUCGUUCACGGGAAAGCAAGCUGAAAUGAGGGAAAUGCAGCAACUGUCUGGUGGUCAGAAGUCCCUGGUGGCUUUAGCACUUAUAUUUGCCAUCCAGAAAUGUGACCCGGCUCCUUUUUACCUAUUUGAUGAAAUUGACCAAGCUCUGGAUGCCCAGCAUCGAAAAGCUGUUUCAGGUAAAACAUUUUAGAAAUCCAUGCGGGGACGGAGAUAUGAAGUGGUAGAAUCGGUUUUAGUCUACUGGAAUCCUGUUGCCAAUGUAUAUUUAAAGACAGUUCAGGAUGGAGUUGAUACUAAAUUUUUCUAGUGUUCUUAAAUGGAUAAAAUGCCACUAAAUCAAAAUAUUUAAAUAUAUAUGUGCUGUCUUUCAAAGUUCUACUUUUUCUGCAGUCUUUUACCUUAUAUUGCUCUGUUCAUGUUCUUUAAAUGAACUGCAGCACAGGCCUCCUUAUACAAAGCUAUGAAAGUUUCUGUAGAGCAGUUUGAGAUUUUAUGUCAAAACAACACCAUUAUGCAAAACCAGGAAGGUCAAUUUAUACACACACACAUAACCGCCAAAAUAAUGUUUUUAUCGCGUGUUCAUGACAUCACAAAAAUUGAGGCUACAGUAAUAGAAAAUAACAAUUUAUUUCCCCCAAAGCCUAUAUAUAGCAGGUGUUGUUGUUGUUGUUGUUUUUUUUUUUUUAUAAAUUGCAUUAUUAUUAUUACUUCAGUGCUCCAAGCACCAUCAACACUACAAGUCACUGAAUUUGAGCUAAACCAUUUAUUACAUCUCUAAUUGUAAAGGAACUGGUAAAAAAAAAAUCUAUAUUUUAUUUUUAAGAAAAGCAGAAAAACAAAUAUUUUGAGGUUGGUAAACACUUUUAGUGCAUUUGUAUUUGUUUCUUUUUGUAAAGAUUUUCCUAAUUUUAUAAAACUUUUCUUUGAUUUCUUCCCCCAGACAUGAUCAUGGAACUUGCAUCUCACGCCCAGUUUAUUACGACGACCUUCAGACCUGAGCUGUUGGAAUCAGCAGAUAAAUUUUAUGGUGUGAAAUUUAGAAAUAAGGUAAAAUAUUUUAAUUCAAUUGAGAUGACUCCUCAUUGCUUCUUUAAAAGCACAUGUUAACAGUGGGCUGUUAUCAUCCCGCUAAUUACACGCAAUCUUAUUUUAUGAUAUGUGACACUUUUGCCACAUGUUUAUUUUUGUUUAUAAUUUUUUAUUAUUAUUAUUAUUAAAACCCACUCUUCCUUAAUUAGAUUUUGUAAAAUGUCUUACUAAAGCCUGUAAGAAGGUUUACACAUGUCAGUAGUGAUUCAGAACGACAACUUGCGUGCUGUGCAGAGGUUUGGCUGCCAUUCCUUGGGAGGAAUUUUCUGACAGUAAUUAGAAUCCUGCAGUGUCAAAUAUCAUUCCCUCUACACUUGGCCUCUCGCAGGCAUCCGCUGUCCUUCAGUCUGAAACCAUAUUCACAAACACACUUGAGCUACCAAAGUAGCUGACAGAGUAGCAAGCAGUAGUUUAUGAAAUGGCUUAAGGAAACGAAUGGUUCAUUUUAGGAAAUGCAUUUAACCGCUUCUGUUUGAUCCUUUUAGGUGAGCCACAUUGAUGUGAUCACAGCAGAACAGGCCAAGGACUUUGUAGAAGAUGACACCACACAUGGCUGA